AUUUAGAGCUUUCAAUCCAUCCAUCCAGUCGCAUACAACCAUGACAGAUCAUAUCAAUGCCACUUUCAAGGCAAAGGCCGACAAGAACGAAGCCGUCUUCGUCGCCUUUGUGACUGCCGGCUUCCCAGCAAAGGAGGACACAGUCGACAUCCUACUCGGACUCGAGGCAGGAGGAGCAGACAUCAUUGAGCUCGGAGUGCCCUUCUCGGAUCCUCAGGCAGAUGGACCAGCUAUUCAGCGCGCCAAUGAGAUCGCUCUCGAACAAGGCGUAGGAUUCAAGUCAUGCCUGUCCUACAUUCAGCAGGCGCGGAGCAGGGGUCUUAAGACUCCCGUCAUCUUGAUGGGCUACUACAACCCACUACUAGCCCAUGGAGAGCAGAAGGCAGUGACAGACGCCAAGGCAGCAGGAGCAAACGGAUUCAUCAUCGUAGACCUACCACCGGAGGAGGCUGAAGACUUUAGAGGGUGCUGUACAAGCGAAGGAAUGUCCUUUGUGCCACUGAUUGCUCCUUCGACUAGCCCUGCAAGGAUGAAGCAUCUCGCUUCGCUCGCCGACUCCUUCAUCUACGUUGUGUCCAAGAUGGGAGUCACCGGAGCCUCCUCGAAUGUGAGCACAACUCUUCCCGAGCUCCUCGACCGCCUGCGCGCCGUCAGCAAAGCCUAUCUUGCAGUAGGCUUUGGAGUCUCAACUCGAGAGCACUUCGAGCAGAUUGGAGAGUACGCAGAUGGCGUUGUGAUUGGCAGCAAGUUGGUAGCAGUCCUCAAGGACGCUCAAGGCUCCACCGCCGAGAGGGCAAAGGCGGGUCAGGAGUAUUGCGCGCAGAUCACCGGAAAGACCUCUGGCGGAAUCCAACGGAAGCAGCCUAUCCGCAUCCGCGAUGCUAUCGAUACCCCAGACUCUACCCCUCAGCCCAAGCUCGAUGGUGUAGUCAAUGGCGAUCGACCUCCUGUGCCAGGUCUUGACCCGGUGCGAGACUCGACUGGAACCCUUCGCCCUCCUCGCUUUGGAAAGUUCGGAGGCCAAUACAUCCCCGAAGCCCUGUACGACUGCCAUGCUGAGCUGGAGAAGGCCUAUCUCAAGGCACUAGACGACCCGACCUUCUGGAAGGAGUUCGAAUCGCACUACGAGUACAUCGGUAGGCCGUCCGAGCUUUACCUCGCAGAGCGUCUUACUGAGCACGCUGGCGGAGCGAAUAUCUGGUUCAAGCGUGAGGACUUGAAUCACACUGGAUCGCAUAAGAUCAACAAUGCCGUCGGUCAGAUUCUUCUGGCUAAGCGGCUCGGCAAGACCAGGAUCAUUGCCGAGACAGGAGCUGGACAACACGGUGUCGCAACCGCCACAGCAUGCGCCAAGUUUGGUCUGGAAUGCAUCGUGUACAUGGGCGCAGAGGACGUGCGCCGCCAGUCUCUCAAUGCUUUCCGUAUGAAGAUGUUGGGCGCCAAGGUAGUUGCCGUAGAGAGCGGUAGUAAGACCUUGAAGGAUGCCAUUAACGAGGCGAACCGAGACUGGGUGACGAAUCUCUCGAACACCCACUACUGUGUUGGCUCGGCCAUUGGACCCCAUCCCUUCCCUUCGCUGGUGCGAGACUUCCAGAGCGUCAUCGGCAACGAGUCGAAGCGCCAGCUGAUGGAGAAGAGGGGCAAGCUGCCCGACGCAGUUGUCGCGUGCGUUGGUGGUGGAUCCAACGCCAUCGGUAUGUUCCACGCCUUUGUCAACGACGAGUCUGUCCGUCUUAUUGGAGUCGAAGCCGGAGGCGAAGGAGUCGACACCGACCGUCACUCUGCCACGUUGUCCAAGGGCACCCCGGGUGUGCUGCAUGGUGUCAGGACGUACCUCUUGCAAGGUCCCGACGGUCAAAUUACCGAGACGCACUCCAUCUCUGCCGGAUUGGACUACCCAGGUGUAGGACCAGAGCAUGCCUACCUCAAGGACUCUGGAAGGGCAGAGUACCUCGUCGCUACCGACGAGGAUGCGCUCCGGGCUUUCAAGCUCUGCUGUCAGACAGAAGGCAUCAUCCCUGCUCUGGAGACUUCGCACGCUCUUCAUGCCGCCGUGGGCUUGGCCAAGGGUAUGGAGAAGGGCAAGGACAUUGUCGUCUCUCUCAGUGGAAGGGGAGAUAAAGAUGUGGAGCAGAUUGCUGAUGCCAUUGCCAACAAGGGGUGGGGCAAGAGGCUGGGCUGGGAGAUUGCCUAGAUGGGAAUCGUAAGAGAAUAUAGCCGUGGGUGACCACAUGUCAUUGCUUUCAGCAUCGCAAUAUACUUUCGAGCUUUUA